CCUGACCGCCAUGGCCGUCCCCAAGUCCAAGCCCGCCCAGGUCAAGGACACUGGUGCGAAGUUCAGCGCCUCUGACCUGGCCGAGCUCACCGAGACCGCCGCUCUGGCCUCAGCUGCCCUGACCCACCGCCCGGUGGCGCAGGGCAACCGCAAGAACGCCCGGCGCCUGCAGCAGCGCGUGGACGAGAUCACCUCCAAGGCGGAGGGCAAGGCCAAGCCGGAGUCCGAGUCCGAGCCCAAGGCCGCCAAGCCCAAGGCCGCCAAGCCCAAGGCCGCCAAGCCCGACUCCAAGCCGACCAAGACUCCCCUGAAGGAGGCCAAGAUGGCCGGCAAGGCGUCCGUCCGUGCGGAGAAGCAGCCCAAGAAGCAGAAGCCCAAGGAUGCGCCCAAGGGCCCGGCUCAGCCGCCCCCCACCAAGGCCCAGAUCUCCAGCUCGACUCUCUUCAUUCGAAACCUGAGCUUCUCCACCACCAACAAGGAUCUGGAGGACUUCUUCGGCGAGCUUGGCCCCAUCAAGUGGGCCUUCGUUGUGGCCAACCCCAAGAACCCGUCCGAGAACCGUGGCUUCGGCUAUGUCCAAUAUGUCAUUUUGGAGGAUGCCGUCACCGCUCGAAAGGAGCUCGACAGCAAGGAGCUCAACGGUCGCAAGCUCUUCGUGCGUUUCUCCAAGGACAAGGAUGGCGCCUCGGGCGAAUCGUCCUCCGACGGGGCCAGUGCCACUUCCGCCAAGUCGGCCAAGCCGAUGAAGCUGGCCGAUGCGGUGGCCGCCCCGGCUGCCUCGGUGAAGAUCUCCAAGCUCAAUAAGAAGGUGAAGAAGAUCCUGGAGAACGCCACCCGACUGAUUGUGCGCAACUUGUCCUUCGACACCACCGAGGCCGAGCUUCAUGGGGUCUUUGGCAUGUUGUCCGCUGCCCCGGUUCUGGACAUCAACUUCCCCCUGAAGCCGGACGGUUCGUCGCGCGGCUUCGCGUUCGUGUCCUUCAAGUCCCACGAGGACGCCGCAGCCGCCAUGAAGGUGGUCAAUGGACAUCGCCUGCACACCCGUGCCCUGGCCGUGGACUUCUCUCUGCCGAAGGAUGACUAUGAGCUGGUCAAGUCGGUUACCGCCCAGAAGGACGCCCCGGCGUCUGACUCUGAAUCCGAGGAGGAGGAGGAGGAGGAGGAGGGGGCCGACUCCGAUGCCGACUCUGAGGCGGAGGCCGGUUCCGAUUCCGAGGCCGACGACGAUGACGUCGACCAGGACACCGCCAGCGACGAGGACGACGAGGACAAUGCGCCCAAGACUUCCAAGGCCUCCGACGUGGAUGAGGGCCGCACGGUCUUUGUGCGCAACGUCUCCUUCGAGUCGACGCAGGAGGACGUCCAGACGGCCCUGGCCAACUUUGGCAAGAUUGCCUUCUGCCUGCUGGUCAAGGACCGGGCCACCGGUCGCAGCCGCGGGACGGCCUUCGUGAAAUUCGCACACGCGGACUCCGCCCGGGCCUGCCUGGCCGAGAGUGAGGCCAUGCGCGCGGCCGAGGCCGCCGGCAGCACCAAGGCCGCGGCCAAGGCCAAGAAGCCCACCUUCUCUUCCAUCAUCCCCACCAGCGCGGCCACCAAGAGCCACCUGUAUGUGGGCGGGCGUCUGCUGGAUGUGGUGGAGGCCGUCGACCGGUCCCAGGCCACGGCCCUGACCAAUGAGGGGCUCGUGCAGAAGACCCGCAAGCUGGACACCCGGAACCUGUACCUGUCGCGCGAGGGCGAGAUCGACCUCCAGAGCCCGGCCGGCAAGCAGCUGUCGGCCGGCGACCAGGCCAAGCGCGCCCGGGCCCAGGCCGAGCGUCGUGCCAAGCUCAAGAGCCCCAACAUGUUUGUCAGCAAGACGCGCCUGCUUGUGCGCAACAUCCCCCUUCAGUGGAAGGAUGCCGAGCUUCGCAGUGCGCUGGUGGCCGGGGUGCAGAAGCGCCGCGAGCAGUACGCCGUCGCUCCCGCCACCCAGGACGAGGCCCAGCAGGAGGGCAAGAAGCCGGCCGCCCGCACGGUCAACGCCUCCUACCCGAAGGACGAGCUGGAGGGCGUGACCCGGCCGCUGGUGGCCCCGGUCAUUCGGCAGUGCAAGAUCGUGCGCGAGCGUGCCGGCUCCGGCGGCCGUCCCGACCCGAAUGACAGCUCCCUCGGCCGGUCGGCCGGGUAUGGCUUCGCGGAGUUCGCCACGCACGGCGACGCCCUGGCCGCCCUGCGUGCCCUGAACAACCACCCGACUGCCUUCGGCCCGGGCAGCAAGUCCCGCCGGCCGAUUGUGGAGUUUGCCAUCGAGGAUGUCCGCGUGCUGAAGGCCCGCACGGCCCGGGUGGAGCGCUCCGGCGACCGGUCGCGCGCCAUCGCCUCGGGCCAGCUGGACCCGGAGGCGGAGCGCCGCGAGCGCGAGGAGGCCCGCCUGCGUGCCAAGGAGGCCAAGAAGGCCGAGUCCCAGGCCCCCGGCGGCCGGAAGCGCAAGGCCCCCUCGGCCGCCGGUGGGGAUGCCGGUCGCGCCGGCGGUGCCAAGCGCCAGCGCCAUGACGGCCCCUCGUCCUCGGCCGAUGGCGGCAGCCGCCCCCAGCGGAAGUUCCAGAAGGCCAUGCGCCCCUCGAAGAAGUGAAGAUCACCCGAUAGACCGCGCGCUCCCAUGUGAUCUCCGCCGGGGGUGCCCCUUGUGAAUGCAUUGCCUCGCAAGCGCGA